UUCUCCUACAUCAAGGUCAGUAAGCCUAAACCUUGGUGCAGUUCAUUCACAGUCCAAUAGAGACUGCUUUUUUUUUUUUGUCUUUUUCUUUUCUUCAUAUGGAUGAAGGUGUGGCUUCAGGAACCGAAUCAAUAAUGGUAUAUAGAUCUCUGCCUGUAUGCUAAUCUCGGUCUGCAGUACUGAUGGUUUAUAUAGGUGCUGAAAUAGUGCACAUGUCAUAACGAGUUUGAGGUCUGUUUUGGAUUGUUGUCGACUGCAGACUCAGUCACAAAUAUUACAGGACAAAUCAGACUGUGGUUGUUGACAUUCUUGCAACCAUGUUGAAACUGGUGGUUUGUGUGGCGCUCCUUGCGCUGUGUCAUCCAAUCCAUGGCGAAAAGACUAACAGGGAGGCCAGGGUUCUGAUUCUAGGUGCAGGAGGUGCUGGCCUACAGGCAGCUAGGAGGUUCCACGAUGCUGGAAUGGAUGACUUCAUUAUCUUAGAAGGGGCUGACCGCAAAGGUGGACGUGUCCAUGAUACAGAAUUUGGUGGCAUGACAGUGGAGUUGGGUGCUGCUUGGGCAUCGCCGAGUGGAACUGAAACUCUCAAAAUCAUUGAAAAACUUGAUCUUGAACGUUGGAUCAGCGACUAUGAUAGUCACACAUAUUUUAAUGCAGCUGGGGACACUGUCACGGAUGCAGCCUAUGAACGGUAUGAUGUAUUCGAACCAGCAAUGGAGCAUGUUGUAGAGAUCCGGGACAGAAUGAAUGACGACGACGAUAUCCCAGAUAUGUCCCUUCGCUCUUCAUUACGCCUAGGAGGAUGGGAGGCUCUGGAUGCCCUUGAUAACGUCAUCGAAUGGUUCGAUUUUGACUUUGAAUACGCUGAGAGGACAGAUGUGUCAUCUACCAGACAAUCUGAAACUUUCGACGACACGUACUUCAUGAAGGAUCCCGGAGGUUUGAAACAAAUCUUUGAUGACAUUGCUGGUUUCCUGGAUGGGCCUGAAUUCAUCAACCACACCCAUCUGAAUAAAAAAGUCAGCUCCAUCGACUACUCCAAUGAUGUCUCAGUCGUGGUCGAGUGUGAAGAUGGCACUCGAUACAUCGGAGAGUAUGUCCUGGUCACCUUCAGCAUCGGGGUCCUCCAACGGAACCACAUCCAGUUUACUCCAUCACUCCCUGAGUGGAAAAGAGCAGUAAUAGACAAAUCACGCAUGGGUUCUUAUACCCAGGUGUACAUCACUUUUCCAACAAAGUUCUGGGAUGAUGUUGAAUGGAUUGUUCAUGCCAGUGACAGGAAGGGGUACUACCCCAUCUUCUUGAACCUCCAAGCUAUGGGGUUGUAUCCAUCUGGCACACCUAUGUUGAUGGCUCAUAUUACAGGUGAUGAAUCUCGCCGCGUGGAAGCUCAACCUGCAGAUCAAACCAAAGCAGAGAUCGAGGAAGUCCUUCGUACGCUGUACGGUGCCAGCUCCCCAGGCGCCGAUGGUAUCCUCGUCAGCGAUUGGUCAAGGAAUCCCCUGACUGAAGGAGCCUACUCAAACUGGCCUGUUGAUAUUUCCGAUGACUGUUUCGAGAAACUGGAAAGUAGGGUUGGGCGGGUGUUUUUUGCGGGGGAAGCAACUUCCUCUGAAUACUUGGGUUACGUUGAGGGGGCACUCGAGUCGGGCAACCGUGAAGCGAAUAAGAUCAAAGAAUGUAUGGCAGAUUUUAGCGAGUGCCCAAUCUUUGAAGGGCAAGGUUUAGUGUGUGAAAAACCCAGUACAGGUUCUGCAGUGUCUGUGCGAUUCAAUGCACUUAUGGUCAGUAUCGCCACACUAGUGGGCUUGAGGCUCAUCAAUUUCUGUUAGCGAUGGUUCCAUUGAUCUUGUUCUUAACCAAGCUAUUUAGAUGCUGCUUUAAAGUUUUAUGAAUCUCUGUUUUAAUAGUAGGAAAAUUUUGAUCUUUGCUAUUGUUUUGUAAGUACUGAAAGCUAUCAAUCCUUUAAAGGAAUAUAUGAAGUACAUACUUAACAGGUAUGAUGUAAUAAUCAUUUAGUCUGUACAUCUGUAUUAAGGUACAAAAACUAUGUAUUCACCUCAAGCUUUCCCAUAAUUGCGUAGCACGUUGGGUCAAAAAGAGAUAACUUCUAAAGUGCUCAUCAUUUUUGUGAAUGUGUUAAGAUUAAUCUUGGUGUAUGUUAAUCAUAAUAUCAAAGCUUCAGAUUCCACUGGGAAUUCUGUCGUCUUGGACACCAAUACAUUUCCAGAUCUUGCAGAAUUACACAUUCUUUUUACCAAAACUUUCUUUUGAUUUGUAAAAUAUUUCACAAUGAAGAAUCUUUUGGUGUAAUCUUAAACUCUAUAUAAUUUGGUUAAUUUCGAUGGAGUAAUUUUAAGUCUGAAAUCCUUUGGCAACAUAAAAAUGUAGUCACGUUAACUUUCUGUUUGGGAAGUAAAGCUGCUUUUAAGUUUUUAUAAGAUGAUGCAUAAGAUAUUAAAUAUCCAUAUUGUGUG